UCCGGUCGCAGUCUGCCAGUGGAUCGCGCGCCGGAGAGGCCGGUGUCUCUCGCACGCGCCUGUCUCGACCUGCUCUUUACUUGCGAUCCGUCAGCGUAUUAUCGUUAUAUCGUCGGACGAUAUAAAAACAGUGCGCGUGUGAAAGUGCGCGUACAGAGUGAAGCGUAUACAUAUAGAUGUUUAGACGGCUUAUCCGAUCACUGCACAGCUAGAAGUGGAAAAAUGAAGCAGCAACAGCAGCCGCGAUCGAGUGAUAAUCAGACUGAAGCGCUGAGAGGAUAGGACAUGCGCCGAGAGCAACGGACUUCUUGGCUCUCGCACGCUCUGUUUCACUGCCUAAACUCGCUUAUAUAUAUAUAUACCUACACGCACGAUUAUAACAUAAGCUAAGUUUCUCGCGUUUGUCCGUGUCUUACCUCCCAUGACGAUGGACAGCAGGAGGAACGUUCCACUGCCGCUACUCGUCGUAGUCGUCUGUCUGGCGAGUUUACUCCGGCCCGUCGUAGGCUUAUCGACGAUCGCGACUGAGGAGAUGCUUGAUCACGAGCUGCAGACUUUCACGUCGGGCUGCUACUUCUCCGCCGAGUACCAAGGCGAGUUCGUCAUGCAGGUGAGCAGUGGCAACAGUAUUGGUAACACUCGCAGCAGCAACAACUUCGACGAUGGCGAACCGAUCGUACAGUACUCAACGCUUAACAUCACCUUUAACUCUAUUCCCGUUUGGGGAUACUGUCACAAGAAAAUCGACGACAAGGUCCUGCUGAUGGACAGUCGAGGUGGCUACGGUGAAUGCAUAAGGUGCUUCCAGCUGACGCGGCGAUCUCGCAAUAUCAUCGAAGUGUAUUCGAAGGAUCUCAACAGUUGCUACACAAACGAAACCGUUGCCAUUGAAUCGUGCAAGCAACUGAACACUACUGCCAUUCUUUACCGGACUAGCGAAAUCGGAGGAGAGAAGAUACGAAACGAAUACUGCCCAAUCGCAGGAAGAUAUCAUUUCAAGUACAACGUCAAUUACGAAUACGGAUCUGCCGAGAACAACAAUGCCGCGCUUACAAAGGACGAGUGCAACUCCUAUUCCUCUGACUUGGAUAACUGCCUUGAAAACGGGUCCAUUUUGCAUUUGCAAUUUAAGCAAUGCACUUUUGACGAUCAUGAUAUCCAAUUUGAAUGUCUUGGUACUUGGCCAGCGUCAGGUUUUGAAUCAGGCAGUAACUCUCCGAGAUACGUUGCACUCCUGGAUAGCAGAGGAUUGACAGACUUUUCCGGGCCCGCCAAACGAAGAAGGCCCCGGUAUCGAUGCGGUCUGUACCACGUUGAUAGCAAAACUGCCAAGACAUAUCUUACUCUUAGCAGCGACUCAAGCUGUACUCAAAAUCUACACAAUUCUACCAGUGGAUAUGAAAGCCUAGUCCUCAGCAAAACCACUACUCAAAAAAAGAUGCCUAGUUACGUUAUAAGUAACUUAGCCACGUUCCCUCACUGGGCCCAGGGCGAAUGGGAAGAAACGCUUAUUGUCAAUGGAACGAUGACGUUCAAUGACUUGAAUGGAUACAAGAGUUUCACGUUUGUGACCGUCAAUUCGAACGAUGAAACUGGACGAUAUAUUGUAUUUUCCAGAGAUCAGUGUGAGCAAGAGGCUUAUGUAUGUUUAAUAAUGAAACAACGUAGCGAGAAUGUUUUGGAAUUCACAACAGGAACUAUUUCGAGUCCAAUUUAUCAGCAGUUCUUAUGCGACGAUACAAAUCUAUUGUUGAACAGAUCAAGUGCGGUUUGGUGGACAUUAGCGCGACUUGAGCGUACGGUGGAAUCUCCAUGUCCGAUUACUGGCCAAUAUACAGGUCAGAUUACGGAUUUGCCGGGAAUGUGUGCCGAACUGAGCAGCAAUUGCAAUAAUCGUCAAGUUAUGUACUAUCAAGUUUACGAUUGCAAUUCAGGAGAGCUUUACGAAGAGCGAACCUACUUGUGCCUCGGACAAUGGGAAGAAAAAGGAGUGACGUAUACAUAUACGAUGAGAAACGACACUGGUACAAACGAAUGUUUUGUUGGAACCAUCGUAAGCGAUGAGGAAAUUUACAUCAAGGAAGCCGGAGAUUACUGUAUUAGAAACAUAGACCCCGAAACUGAAGGAAUGCGAUUGUACAAAAAAGGCCAAUGUUACGGAAACUCAUCUAGUCCUGCUCCGACGAUAGCGACUAAAACGAGUCCACAUGUUCCUAUUAUGAAAAUAACGACUCCGAUAAAGACGGUGACGACAAAAAUGCCUAUGACGACGAGGUCACGAGGUGUAACAAAAGGAUCCACAACAACGGAAAAAAUACCAACGAGCGUUAGGUCGUCGUCGGUUACGUUGCAUCAGAGCAGAAGUACCUCUGUAAGCUUCGUUAUAAUAAGCUCAACCAUCUACAUAUUUAAUUUGAUUUCUUCGAGGAGUAUGAGGUUUCAUGCAUGAGGUUGGAUAAUGAUCUCUGAAUGAUGACACUGGUGAGAAUGUUGUUGAAAAUAAACGUCUUUUUACUAUUAAGCUCUUUUGUACAUACGCUCUAGAUUGUUUAUAUAAUAAAAGAUAAAAUCGGA